AUGGCCUGCGCCCGCCUUUUAAGCAGCCCAAUUCCUCGCAGGAACGUACUCAGGGCGGCGGCCUUUUGCAACGAUACUCGACUCUUCACUGUUUAUAUUCAACCACGCAUCACAAUGCCGCCGAAGCAGGCGACACUGGGCAAGUUCUUUGGAGCAAAAGGCUCCAGGCCCGAGCCGCAGCAAAGCAAGCUCAGCUUCGCUACCAAGGCAGCGCCCAAGAAGGCGGUCGAAAGGAAGGCGGAUGCUCCAGACGCAGCAGUCAAGAAAGAAAAUUCCAGGAAACGAACCAGAAGCCCGAGUCCCGCCAACAAGGCAUCGAGUCCGAAAGUCAAGGAUGAGACCACUGAGGAAGAUGAAGAGGACGAACCUGCCACAAAGAGGCCCCGCAGAGUUCGUCAACGUAUCGUUGAGGAAGAGGAAGAGGACGAAAUGAUGAAUGAAGUUCCAGCCAAGUCGUCCGUAGGGUCGCCCAAGGCCUCGAGGACCAAAAAGAGUAGCCCUUUGAAACCAACGAAGGCUGUCAAGGCCAAGGCGGACGCACCCGAUUCUUCUCGUUCGAAGAGAGCUUCCAAGUCUCCCUCGCCUACGGUGGUCGUUGAACACGAGAAAGAGGAGGCAACAGAAUCUGCGUCCGAAGACGAUUUAGCUGAAGACGACGAAGAGGAUAUCAAGCCUGCGGUAGCGAAGAAGACACUGGAGAAGGUACAGAUGAGACUCAAAACGCAGACCAAAGACCCGUACCCAGACUGGAAACAAGGCGAACCGGUUCCUUACGCCGCGCUCUGCACCACCUUCUCUCUAAUCGAGCUCACGACCAAGCGGCUUGAAAUCAUGGCCCAUUGCUCGCUGUUCCUUCGACAGGUCCUGCGCUUGACCCCCGACGAUCUGCUUCCUACCGUCCUCCUAAUGAUCAACAAGCUAGCUCCUGAUUAUGCCGGUAUCGAGCUAGGAAUCGGCGAGUCUCUCAUCAUGAAAGCCAUUGGCGAGACAACAGGUCGCAGUCUUGCCGUCAUCAAGCAAGAUCAGAAAGAGAUUGGAGAUCUUGGUCUCGUCGCCGUCAAGAGUCGAUCAACACAGCCCACUAUGUUCAAGCCCAAACCCUUGACGAUCAGUGGCGUGCAUAAGGGUCUGAUGGGUAUCGCUACUGUUUCCGGCAACGGUGCUCAAGGUCGCAAAGUGGACGCUAUCAAGAAGCUACUGUCGGCAGCUGAUUCGCAUUCCUCUGGAAAGGUGGACAUCAGCAAGGACAAGGGUGGCCCCAGCGAAGCCAAAUAUCUUGUUCGAUUCCUCGAGGGCAAGCUCCGCUUAGGCUUGGCCGAGAAGUCUGUCCUUGUCUCUUUAGCUCAAGCUGUGGCAUUUCACGAGGCAGAUGCCAAGGGUCAGGUGCCCAAGACUACAGACGUGGAGCAGGCGGAGGCCAUUCUCAAGACGGUGUACAGUGAACUUCCGAGCUACGAUGUCAUCAUACCCGCCAUGGUGGAGCACGGCAUCAUGAACCUUCGGGAACAUUGCAAGCUCAAGCCUGGAGUGCCUCUCAAGCCCAUGUUGGCCAAGCCAACGAAGGCUAUCACCGAGGUGCUGGACCGCUUCGAGGACCAGACCUUCACAUGUGAGUACAAAUACGACGGCGAACGAGCCCAAAUCCACUAUGUGGCCAAGUCUGCCGACGAGGAGAUCAGUCAGUCUCUGCCGGGUGCCACGAAGGCUGCGGCAGAUGGAGUAGCUUCCAUCUUUUCUCGAAAUUCCGAGGACCUGUCAAAGAAGUACCCUGAUAUUCUCGCCAAACUACACACUUGGGUUAAAGAAGACACAAAGAGCUUCGUGCUGGAUUGUGAGACGGUUGCCUGGGAUGUCGAAGAAAAGAAGGUCUUACCAUUCCAGCAAUUGAUGACGCGUAAGAAGAAGGACGUCAAGAUUGAGGAUGUCAAGGUCAAGGUGUGCGUGUUCGCCUUUGAUUUACUCUAUCUCAAUGGGGAGGCCAUCGUUGAGAGGCCACUCCGCGAACGUCGCGAUCUUCUCGAGGAUGCCUUCCAGCCCGUAGAGGGCGAAUUCUCCUUCGCCACGCACAUGGACGGGCAGGAGCUGGAGCAGAUCCAAGUGUUCCUCGACGAAAGCGUCAAGGCAUCCUGCGAGGGUCUGAUGGUCAAGAUGUUGGACGGCUCAGAGAGCGGGUACGAGCCCAGCAAGAGAAGUCGAAACUGGCUCAAGAUCAAGAAGGAUUACCUCAGCGGCAUCGGCGACUCGCUCGAUCUCGUCGUGCUGGGCGCAUAUCACGGCAAAGGCAAGCGUACAUCCGUCUACGGCGCGUUCCUGCUUGCAUGUUAUAACCCUUCGUCCGAGUCGUAUGAAACUGUCUGCAAUAUCGGUACAGGAUUCUCCGAGGCCGUCCUCGAGGAGCUGCACACGCAGCUCUCGGACAUAGUCAUUGACCGGCCCAAACCGUUUUACGCACACUCCUCGGGUGGGCAACAUCAGCCCGACGUGUGGUUCGAGCCGCGUUACGUCUGGGAGGUCAAGACGGCUGACCUGACGCUAAGCCCGCGAUACAAGGCCGGUUGCAAGGAGGGUGUCGACCCAGGCGGUGAGAAGGGCAUCAGUCUACGAUUCCCGCGGUUCAUCAAGGUGCGCGACGACAAGAAGCCCGACGAAGCUACGUCCAGCCGCCAGGUGGCCGAGAUGUACCGCAAGCAGGAGAGUGUGACCAAGAGCAAGGGUCCCGCGGCGGAUGACGAUUUCGAGUAUUAG